CUUAUAUUUUGGACUUUUUGUAUUAGACUUGUAUUGGGCUUCAUCUACUGAUUUUUCUUGGGCUUCAUUUUUUGAACCAAACCAAGUUUAUACUUCAACACGAACGGAGUUCAAGAAACUGUCAUGGCCAGGAGGCUUUGUAGUUCCACCAGAAUACUUCUUCAUCCACAAACAAAGAGCUAUGGAUGAAGACAAAUCGUUCAUAUGGAACAAUGUUGCCGAUGGGGACAUAAUUGAAGUUUUUCCUGGAUGGAUUUCGAGUGAGUAGUCACCUGUGGAGGUUCUAUCUCCAGUUCAUGAUC